AUGGAAGUUAAUAAACAAGUCAAAUCACGAUCAACCAUUAAAUAUCCACUUGUAAUAAAUCCUGAAAAAGAUGCAGAAAGAAUCAAUAAAUCUAUCAAACUUAUGAAUCCUGAUGAAGAUGUUAUUAAUGAAAUACUUGGUCACAGAAGUCUUCAGCAACGUUUAGCUAUACAAGAAAUAUACAAACGUUUAUAUGAUAAGGAAAUCACUGAACAUAUUGGUUCUGUAUUAAUUGGCAGUUAUGAUAGUUUAAUCAAAACUUUAUUUAGAAAUCCAAUGGAAAUAUUAGCUAAUGAUUUAUAUAAAGGAAUCAAAAAUCUUGGAUCAAAUUAUCAAAUUAUGACUGAUAUUAUUUGUUGUUGUAAUAAUACUGAAAUUUAUUUACUGAAAAAAGCUUAUGAGAAAGUUUUAAUGAAGGAAGAUCCAAAAGGUUAUAGACAGAGAUCAUUACACAUUGAUAUUAUGAAAGAAUCUAAAGGUUCAUAUAAAUUACUUAUGGAACAAUUAUUAAAAGGUGAAAGAUGUGAAGAUAAUACAAAUAAAAUUGCUGAAUCAACAUCUAUAGUUCAUGGAGGUGUUGAUCAAAAAUUAGUUGAUGAUGAUGUAACAGAAUUGUAUGAAGCAGGAGAAGGACAAAUUGGCAAAGGUGAUCCUUCUAUUUAUAUAUCGAUUCUGUCAAAACGUAGUAAAUAUCAUAUCAGAGAAAUAUGUAAAGCAUAUCAAAAAUACAUUGAACUAAUAAGAAUGAUAAGUCAUCAAACUGGACCAAGUAUUACAUUUCCUGAUCGUAUUAGCGCUGAAAAUGAUGCAGAACAAUUACAUAACGCUUGUAAAUUACUGUCUACGGAUGAAGAAACCAUCACUAAAAUUCUAGGACAUAGAAAUCUACAACAACGUUAUCAAAUAAGAGAAACUUUUCAUAGGCGAUAUAAAAAGGAUUUAGUUCAUGUAUUAUGUAAUGCAACAAAAGGUGAUUAUGAAAGUCUUAUUAAAACUUUAUUUCGUGGAAGUAUACAAAUAUUAGCCCAUGAUUUAUAUAAAGGCUUAAAGAAACCAGAUAUUGUCAAUGAGAUCAUUUGUUGUUGUAAUAAUAAUGAAAUUAUUAUGUUGAAAAAAGCAUAUCAAGAAGUGCUUCAGGAAGAAGAGCCAAAAAAAGCUUCACAGCGUACACUCGAAACUGAUAUAAUCAAAGAAACAAAACCACCAUAUGAACAAUUAUUAGUAGCAUUAUUACAAGGAAAACGUGAUGAAGAUCCAUUGGAAUUAGUAGAAGAAGCUGUAAGAACUAGAAGUACAUCAAGAUUAAUUAAUCGAAGUCAAGUUGAUAAAGAUGUUGAAGAUUUAUAUUAUGCUGGAGAAAAACGUGCAGGUAAAGGUGAUUCUGAAACAUUCAUCAAAAUUCUAACAAAACGAAGUAAAUAUCAUGUAAAAGAAAUAUGGGAUGUAUAUUUAUCAAAAUAUCAUAGUACAAUAGUUGAAGUUAUAUCGAAAAAAUUCUCUGAGCCAUUUAGAUCAGGGUUAAAUACAAUGAUUAUGGCAUUGAUAGAUUUACGUUUGUUAUUAGUCUGUCAAUUAUAUGAUAGUAUGUAUGGACUUGGAACACGAGAGGAUACAUUGAUACGAAUUACCUGUUUACGAUGUGAGAUUGAUAUGAAUACAUUGAAAUCAAUGUAUCGUGAAUAUUUUGGUAAACCAUUAAUUGAAGCUGUACGAGAAGAUACAUCGGGAGAUUUUCGCAAGUUACUCUUGGCAUUAUUGGGAGAAUAA